GAGUCUGCUCUCCAUCGCUGUUGGUCACUCUCUCUCUCUCGCUCUGCCUCCUCUGUUUGUGUCACUGGAGACAAAAAGAGGAAGGAAUAUGGUUUCAUCUGACGCUCCUCCCGUUUCAGCGCUGCUGCCGCUGCUGUAGCGGAUCUGUGAGUACAACUGGAACCACCACCACCACCACCACCGUUCCCCGUGAACACCCACCCACCCACUGCAGGACACGAGCCCACAGCACACCGGGACACAUAAAUGGUGGAGGCCGUGGUGGAGUUCGACUAUGAGGCUCAGCAGGACGAUGAGUUGAGCCUGACGGUGGGUGACGUCAUCGUGAACAUACGGCGGGACGAUGGAGGAUGGUGGGAGGGGGAGCUGGGAGGACGCAGGGGGCUGUUCCCGGAUAACUUUGUCAGGGAGAUAAAGAAAGAAGUGAAGAGGGACGGAGGACAAGCAGGCAUGAUCAAAUCUGACCUCUCCAAUGGCAGGGCCAGUCCUGUGUCGUCUGACCCCAGUGUUCGGCCGGGAAGGAAAGGAGAGCAGAUCCGUAAACGACGGUGUAAAGCUGCAUUCAGCUACGUGCCGCAGCAUGAGGACGAACUGGAGCUGAAAAUUGGAGACAUUAUUGACAUCAUAGCAGAGGUAGAGGAGGGCUGGUGGGAGGGCGUCCUUCAUGGCAAGACUGGAAUGUUUCCCUCCAAUUUCACCAAAGAGAUCCAGAAAGAGUCGGACGCGACCUCUGCAGACAUGCCAACCUCACAGGAGGAUCUUCGCAGCGGUCGCAUGAGUAAAGACAGUCCAGGCAGUGAAAGUGACGGAGGAGACAGUCAACGCUCAGAAACUGGGUCAGCAGAAAUCCAGCCCAAGAAGGUUCGAGGGUUUGGCUUUGGAGACAUUUUCAAAGACCAGCCCAUCAAGCUGAGACCGCGCUCAAUUGAAAUAGACUCAGAGGUGGACAAGAACAACGAGGGCAAAACAGCAAGUGUUGCUCCUGAGACCAUGAAGACUGAACCUGACAGCAAAACUAAAGGACGCGAGCAGUGCAAAGUCCUCUUCCCAUACGAAGCACAAAAUGAGGACGAGCUGUCGAUCAAAGAGGGUGAAAUCAUUAACAUCAUCACAAAGGAGUGUGCGGAUGCAGGCUGGUGGAUGGGGGAGAUUGGAGGACGACAAGGCGUCUUCCCAGACAACUUUGUGAAGCUGCUAGAAGUGGAGAAGGAGAGACCAAAGAAACCGCCUCCUCCCAGCGCGCCUUCAGCCAAACACGUCACAGAGAAAAAGUCGGAGCUCAAGAAGGUUCCUCCUGAGCGUCCUGAACAUCUGCCGCUGAGAGACCAGGAUCGAGGUGAAGAAGUGAAGGUUGGCGACAUCCCCAAGCCCUCCCUCCCAGCUCACCUUCCCAAGAAACCCCUUCCCCCAAAGACAAGCUCCUCCUCUUCCUCCUCCCAACCCCCGCGACGUCCUGAGAGACCCCCCUCUCUAUCGUGUGAAAGCCCCAAGUCUGAGGGCAAAGGUUCGACACCAGACUCUGCCCCUGACAGGUCACAAGACACUGAUAUGGACCUGGACGCCGUGGUGUUGUCGACGGAGAAACUGAGUCAUCCGACGGCGUCACGUCCACGAGUCACAGACCGACGGCCUCGUUCACAGAUCAUCACACCUUCCUCUAUGUCCAGCAUUGACCAGGAACCACCUGUGGUGGAGGAGAGGAAGGAGAAGGAGAGCAUGAAGGACGAGCCGGAGGUCGUUUCCACCAGAUCUUUGGAUGUUUCACUGAGGAAGGGAAUUCCCACCGUCUCUGCACAUGACAAUAAAGCACCACUGCCUGCAAAACCCUCUGUCCUGACCCCGCCGCACUCCGCCCAUCGUCCCACCUCCCCGUCUUCCUUCUCGGGUCUGAGCCCCUCCCCCGAGCUCAGGCACUCGCCUCUGACCCCACCCACAGUGGAGGAACUCAGGAACCAGCUGAGAGACCUGAGUACCUCCGUAGAACUUCUCAAGAGCCAGCACAGGCAGGAGAUGAAGCAGCUGUCCAGUGCACUGGACGAAGAGAAGAGGAUUCGUCUUAGUUUACAGAUGGAAGUGGAGCACAUAAAGAAGAACCUGUUGAAAUAAAGACUCAACCACCUUCAUAUUUGUUUACCACGUCGUUGUGAUGACACAAAGAGUUUCACUCUUUGGCCGAUUGAGACUCUUUUGUCAAAGACUUAAGUUUGUGCCAAAUGAUCGUCACGCUCACCAUCAGCACCACGGAAUCAGCCACCUUCCCUCCUCUGACGCCGCCUUAUCCUGUGUUUACAACUUUUAUUUUCCUUUUAAAACGAGGCUUCUCUGUUCAGUUCACUGCUAACUUGUCGGAGCUUGCUGUGUCUCCGGUAAUGACAGACCACGCGUGGCUUGUUACUGUGUGUUUGCGCGCAACAGUUGUGGGACGAUGAGGUGGAGCUGCAGUUGCCAUGGCGACCUCACUGGUACUAAAAAAGCAAUUUGGGGAACUCCAACUCUGUAGCCCGGUUGGUUCAGAAAACCUCUGUGCUGUGUGUCCACUCUGUGGCCUUUGCCUCUCAAGUGUGUGUGUGUGUGUGUGUGUGUGUGUGUGUGUGUGUGUGUGUGUGUGUGUGUGUGUGUGUGUGUGUGUGUGUGUGUGUGUGUUUUCCAUCCAUGUGGGGACCCUGGUGGAAGACCUGCUUUGUGAGGUCGGUUCUUUGUUGCAAGGUCAUUUUACUUCAAAAAGCUGGAUUUAAGGUGUGGAUUCAGGCUUUACGAUCAACGCUCAAACUCUGAGACACAUCAUUAGCAUUGGGAUAAGAUUUCAUAGACUCACUGCUACUAUGAUGCUUCUCUUGUACACUGCAGGCAGGUGAUUUUGAAGCAUUAGCAACUGAUUCACUUAUUUUCUUAAGGCCCUGGUAUACUUCCACGCAUUGUUCUCUUCUUCUUUGGUGGGAAUGUGUCCUAUUCCUUGCAUCCAGACUUGUACCGCCACCCAAUGGUGAAGUGGGAUACUACAGGACCCUGACGCGCGAGGGUCCUGUAGUAUACCAGGGUCCGUGAUAUGCAACGCGCACUGUAGUGCACAUGCUGAGGUAUACCACGGGCUUUACAGUGGACAUCAUGUAUGUGUCGCUUUAACACUUGAUGGUGGGCGGGCCUGACACUUCAGAAGUUAGCAGAGCAGUGUCUGGCAUGGCCUACUGAGUAGCAUGUGAUGCUAAUCUUGCUAAUGCAAUGUCCACCAUUAUUGGGUGCACUUUGUCCAACAUAAAAACAUAAGCAUUUGGGCUGCGUAGUGUUUGAGUGAUACAAAUACAGUAAGCAUAAUUUGAUUGGUUAAUAGCGCCUGUGCGGAAACAUUUUGUUUGACUGACGCUCGCAUGAAGUGCAAGCUAAGUGGACCCACAAUGCAUUUCGACAACUCGCGACACAGUGCGUGUUACAAGCACAUCAAUAAUUAUUAAAACUAAACUGAAGUGACGAGUAGUGAUACUGUGGGUUCUACUUGAAUGAACAUUUUUGACAUUUUCAGGAAUAUCACACAGUAUUUGGAAGUCAAAGAAGAAGAUUAUACCACUCUAAUGUCUGUAUACUAACAAGCACAACUCGGGGGACAAGGGUAAACAAAUGAUCUAUAUUUUCCUCACAAAUGAUGUUUUGCAGUAAAGAUAGGUUCCAUACAUUCAUUUUCAUAUUCCCUUGUAAAUUGUAAGUCCAGUAUAAAACAACAAUAGCAGCUUUUAUACUUGCGUCACUACAUAAACAUGCCUAUCUACAAUAUGUCUUCAAGUCAACAAAAAACAUUGGACCAAAAACAUUAUUUUUGCUUUUGCACUUUUUGUAUUGCGCCUCAUAGAAACAUCUGUGCGCCGUACACCUGAUAUUUUUCUGGCACUCUCAGCAGCGGGUUAAAUUUUUUUAAUUAAUUAAAUUAAAAAGGGUUGAAGUGAGAGGUCCUCACAGGUAGAGGAAGAUGAAACUGUGUGUGUGCACGUGUGCUGACAUGUAUGUGCAUCCGUUCGCCUCCCUUUUGUACACGUAUGUGCACAGAGUCCAUGGCAACCCGUCACUGUGGCCUUCCUGCUUGACUCCAAAUCUUUCUUUCUUUAAUUUCUCUCUCUUUCUUUCUUUGUCUCUUUCUUUCUGUCUGUCGUAUGACAACGAGAAAACUGCGACAACUGAGGCUACAAGUUGUUUUCUUGACUUGGUCCUGUCUCGCCAAGAUAGUGAUAAAAUAUAUAUAUACUUUUAUAAUUCAGUGUAAUAAAGAUGCAAUUAUGUACUGUA